AUGAGAGGAGGACUAAGGCCACGACCACCCAAACUUUCUCAAGGUUUCUACGAAAUUGAAGAUGUGAGAAAGAAAAGGGUUCGCAAGGGGCAUACUGAAUAUCUCGUAAAAUGGCGUGAUUGGCCUGAGAGAUCAAAUACAUGGGAACCUGUUGAGAAUCUACAUGAAUAUGUUGAUGAAUUUGAAGAAAGCUUACUUUUGAGAAAGCAAAAGAGGAAGCGGAAGGGUAGAAUCGCAAGUAAAUCAUCUCAUAGAGAGGGAAAUGAAGGGAAUGAGACGAAUGAAUUAGGUCAUGAGGCACUGAACGAUGAGGAUGUGGGUACAAUUAUUACCCUGCAAACUCGUGAGAAUGAGAGUGUUUCUUCCAAACUCACUGAGCUCAGAGAGAGAACCUCCACAGACAACUUAAACUCUGAGAAUGGGAAGAAGAAGGUUUCUGAUAACAUGUUAGAAGGUCAUAUUCCAGAAGUAGAUUUUGAUGAAAGUACUGCUCACAGUAAUCGUUUGACAGGAGCUAAAAGGAGGAAAUCUGGAAAUGCCAGGAGGUUUCAGAAGGAAUCAACUGUAUUAGACGAUGAUCAAAAUGGAGAAAAGGAAAGGUUGUCUAAUUACCCACAUUCUAUAACCAAGAUCAUCAAAGCAAUCGGUUAUUCAGUUUCAAUAAAAGACGGUGUACAAGAUGAUGUGCGUGUCACGUUUCUGGCAGUAAGACAUGGCCCAAGUCUUAAUGGUGCCUAUCAACAGGUGUUGCCUUCUCCUAAUCUGCAUAAAACAUAA